UGACCGUUGCUCCUCCGCUCACAUCCGCUCGACUCUCUAUCUGUGCUGGAAAAAGGACUUUGAGAAACUGCAGCGAUGUCAGUCCAGGUUGUGGCAGCGAAAAUGGCAGAGGUCGAACUCAAAGACGUCCCCACCGGCAAAGACCUGCCGGCUGAAUCCCCGGUGACACCCACGUCGGAGGGCAAGAGCCUCGCCAGAAACGACCCACACGAGGCCGGUUCCUCUGCCGCUACGUCCCCUGCCGCGGAGCCCUCUGCGAAAGCCGGUGAAGGCAGCCUGGGCUUGCUCACCCCGAACCCCGCGAAGAUGCCCCAGGCGUCGGCUAUGAAACGCUCGGACCCGCAGCAGAAUGGCGGAGAGGCUUUCGUGAACCGUGACGGAACCGUGGCCGAGGCUCCGCGCAUGAAGAAGAUCCAGUUUGCCGACCAGAAACAGGAGUUCAACAAGCGUCCCUCCAAGAUCGGCCGGCGCUCUCUGUCCCGCUCCAUCUCCCAGUCCUCCACAGACAGCUACAGCUCAGCGGCGUCGUACACGGACAGUUCUGAUGAUGAGACGUCUCCUCGGGACAAACAACAGAAAAACUCCAAAGGCAACGGAGACUUCUGCAUCAAAAACAUCAAACAGGCCGACUUCGGACGCAGAGAGAUCGAGAUCGCCGAGCAAGAGAUGCCAGCGCUGAUGGCUCUGAGGAAGCGAGCCCAGGGGGAGAAACCCCUCGCCGGUGCCAAGGUGGUGGGCUGCACCCACAUCACUGCCCAGACUGCUGUGCUGAUGGAGACUCUGUCAGCUUUGGGGGCUCAGUGCAGAUGGGCGGCUUGUAACAUCUACUCCACCCAGAACGAAGUGGCAGCUGCCCUGGCAGAAGGAGGCUUCAGUGUGUUUGCGUGGAAGGGUGAGUCAGAGGACGACUUCUGGUGGUGCAUCGAUCGCUGUGUCAACGUGGAAGGCUGGCAGCCCAACAUGAUCUUGGAUGACGGUGGAGACCUGACUCACUGGAUUUAUAAAAAAUAUCCCAACAUGUUCAAGAAGAUCAAGGGCAUUGUAGAGGAGAGUGUCACCGGUGUGCACAGGUUGUACCAGCUGUCCAAAGCAGGGAAACUGUGUGUUCCGGCCAUGAACGUCAACGACUCCGUUACCAAGCAGAAGUUUGACAACCUUUACUGUUGCAGAGAGUCCAUCUUAGACGGCCUGAAGAGAACCACCGACGUCAUGUUUGGAGGCAAACAGGUGGUGGUGUGUGGAUAUGGGGAGGUUGGAAAAGGCUGCUGCGCUGCCCUCAAAGCGAUGGGCUCCAUCGUCUACGUCACAGAGAUCGAUCCCAUCUGUGCCUUGCAGGCCUGCAUGGACGGCUUCAGGCUGGUGAAACUCAACGAAGUCAUCAGACAAGUGGACAUCGUCAUCACCUGCACAGGCAACAAGAACGUGGUGGUGAGAGAAUACCUCGACCGCAUGAAGAACGGCUGCAUUGUCUGCAACAUGGGACACUCCAACACCGAGAUCGACGUGGCGAGCCUGCGGACUCCUGAGCUAACCUGGGAGAGAGUUCGCUCUCAGGUGGACCAUGUAAUCUGGCCCGACGGCAAGAGGAUAGUCCUGCUGGCCGAGGGCCGACUGCUGAACCUCAGCUGUUCCACUGUGCCCACUUUCGUGCUCUCCAUCACUGCCACGACUCAGGCACUGGCUCUGAUAGAGCUGUACAACGCCCCUGAGGGACGCUACAAGCAGGAUGUUUACCUGCUGCCUAAGAAGAUGGAUGAGUAUGUGGCCAGCCUACAUCUCCCAACGUUUGAUGCACAUCUCACAGAGCUGAGUGACGAACAGGCCAAGUAUCUGGGCUUGAACAAGAACGGACCCUUUAAGCCAAACUACUAUAGGUAUUAAACCAGCGUUGGGGGUGAACUGAGGAAAUAGAAAUAUUCCAUGAAUGGCACAGACUCGCAGAGGAGGAGGAAGGAGGAAGGACAGACGGACAGGAUAGUCAACUCACCUGCUUUUAUCUGGGGUUGAGGGGGAGGAGCUCUAGCCGAGCCGAGGGGAGGGAAAAGGGGGGGAAGGGGCCGAGGGGUCGUGGCUUUCCUUGCGCUUAUGGCAGUCGUUUUAUUUAUUCACACUUGACAACAGUAAUAAUAAUAAUAAUAAUGAUAAUAAUAACAGUAAACCACUCUGUGGAGCUGCUCUUGCAUUAGCCACGAGCUAGCUCCCCUGGAAGGCGUUUUUAAUUCCCUGCCACUCGUCUUUUCGUCAUCGUUAUCUCUUUAGAUGCUCAUUUGUGUGUCGAGUGUAUGUAAAUCCUCCCCCCUCCCUCCCCAUUGCCAGAUCUUUUAUGUUUAUCUAUUCAAGAUGAAAUUACUGACGCUAAAAAAGAUAUAAACUAUAUAAAAAAAACUUGAUUUAAAAAAAAAAAUCUGCGUGAAUGAAGAUGACCUUUGAAGGUUUAGUGACGGACGAUUUUCCUGUCAUUUUUUUGUCGUCUUUUCUUUUCUACUUGUGAUUUUGUUUUUCUUUGUGUAAUAUUUCAAAAGGGCGGGGCUAUAUGUAGUGGGCGGAUUAGGCGGGCUUCAGGUCCAAUCAUAUCAUAUGUAUUUUAUUUGAUUGCGAUUUCACCGUUGUCUGUUUUUAAGCAUUUUUUUUUACAAUGCGUUCUGCCCUUCGGAUCAGCCUGUAGUUUUUUUGUUUUGUUUUUUUAAAGAAAACAUGACUGGAUGGUGACUGGUUCCUCCCGCCUGUCACUCAAACUGCAGUGAAACCAUCUCAUUGGCUGCCUCUUUCUCACGACGGAGGAAAGUAUUUUUGUUUCGUCUUUUCCUUUAACCAAGAAUGAAUUUACCGUGUUAGGGAGCAUGGCAGGCUGUCGGAUCAACACAAGGUUAUACUGUAUAUUUAGAUAUUUAUAUAGAAAUUAAGGUUUUCUAUCUUUUUUUCCUCUCCUGCGCCAUCUAUAUAAUUUACUUUUUGAAAGUAAAAAAAAAUUCGACAUGUCAUACAGAUAAGCAAUUAAAUGUUCUAAUGAUAAGUGUAAAUAAAUGAACUCAAACCCUCA